ACAACAGUGAUCUAAUUGCUUGUACAGUCAUAACAAAAGAUGGGGGUCAAGUUCAAAGAUUCCUGGCUGUGGAUAUUUACCAGAUGAGUUUGGUUGAGCCAGAUGUUGCCAGACUUGGAUGGGGAGUAGUUAAGUUUGCAGGCCUUUUGCAGGAUAUGCAGGUGACGGGAGUAGAGGAUGACAGUAGAGCUCUGAACAUAAUAAUUCAUAAGCCUGCCUCAAGUCCUCAUUCUAAGCCCUUCCCUAUCCUUCAAGCUACAUUUAUCUUUUCCGAUCACAUUCGUUGCAUUAUUGCAAAGCAACGACUUGCAAAAGGCCGUAUCCAGGCUCGGCGUAUGAAAAUGCAGAGAAUAGCAGCUCUCCUGGAUCUUCCUGUUCAGACUUCAACUGAAGUUAUGGGUUUUGGACACAGCUCUGCUGCUACAGCCCAGCACCUUCCAUUUCGAUUUUAUGAUCAGUCACGACGUGGUAGCAGUGAUCCUACAGUGCAACGCUCUGUUUUUGCAUCUGUUGACAAAGUUCCAGGCUUUGCUGUAGCCCAGUGUAUAAAUCAGCACAAUCCAUCACCACUCUCAUCACCAUCACCUUCCAGUGGCAGUGGGAGUACGGGACGCUGUGAUUCAGUGACUGCAAGCUCAACAUCCACUCCUUCUGCUGCACAGAGCCCAUCAGAUGACGCUUCAGCUCCAAAGCAGCCUCAGUUGACCAUUUCUGGUCAGACGAUGUUGACUGAUGAAACUCUUUCAGCUGUCUCAAAGUCCAGCAAGAAUGCUGUGAAAAACACUGACACAGAAACAACAAACCUGUCUCCUAGCCUGAUUCCUGCACAGCAGCCCACAAUAUCAUUAAUAACAGAUGACAAUACAGAUGCACUAAGUGUAGAGUCACUCACACUGGUGCCACCAGUUGAUCCACACAGCAUUCGAACAUUCAGCUGCACUCCUCAGUCUUCUUUGCAAUCUGAAGUUGAAGUUUGCAAGAUAAAAGAGGUAGAGGAAGAAGUUCUGACUAGAGCCAACCUGCCAACUGUGAUAAACAGUAAAGCAAACGCAAGCAAAUUCUACAUUGCUUUUUCUUUGGGAGUGUGUAUACUUUUUGAAGGCUGA